CAGCACGCCGCUGUCGCUCGCCGUUACUGCAGACGCGAACAUGGAGGAAUACUCCAACAAACAAUCCACCGAAAACCUCGACGACCCUCCCAACAGCCGCCUCUUCGUGGUCACCAGCCGGUCCAUCACCGAGGAUGAGCUCCGGGAGAGUUUCGCCGGGUUCGGGGACAUCCAGGGAGUCUGGGUGGUGAAAGACAAGCAGACAAAGGAGUCGAAGGGGAUCGCCUACAUCAAGUUCGCCAAGUCGUCUCAGGCCUGCCUGGCCAUGGAGGAGAUGCACGGGAAGGUGGUGAUGGAAGGAACCAAACCCAUCAAGGUUUUCAUCGCUCAGUCCCGAUCGUCAACGAGACACCGAGACGUCGAGGACGAGGAGCUGACCAGGAUCUUCGUCAUGAUCCCCAAAACCUUUUCGGAGGAAGACCUCAAGAACACGUUCAAGGAGUACGGCGAGAUCGAGUACUGCGUGAUCAUCAAGAACAAGUUCACCGGCGAGAGUAAAGGCCUCGGCUACGUCCGAUACUACAAGCCGUCGCAGGCCGCCGUGGCCAUCGAGAACUGCGACAAGACCUACAGAGCCAUCCUGGCUGAACCUCGGAACAAAGCCUCCGUCUCGGAGGACUACAACAGCGGAGCGGGUGGAGGAGGAGGCGGAGGCGUGGGGGGAGGGCCCAGAGGGGACUACGGCGGCGGGCCGGACGCCAUGAACCAGUACGCCUUCAACAUGGGCGACCCGGGGAACUACCAGGUGAUGGACUACCGCUCCACCGACUUCACCCGCUUCCUGAUGGUGUCCACCCGGGCCGCCCUGUCCCAGGAGCAGAUCUUCUCCCUGUUCGACAUCAUCCCGGGGAUGGAGUACUGCGAGCUGCAGAGGGACGCCUACGGCAUGAGCAAAGGCCACGCCCUGAUCCGCUACAGCAACCUGGGCUCGGCCGUCUACGCCAAGGAGAAGCUCAACGGCUUCGAGUAUCCUCCGGGGAACAAGCUGGUGGUCAACUUCGUGGACGACGGGGAGGACCGCAGCAGCCCGGUGGGCCGCAUGGCCAUGCAGUUCGUGGCCACUCAGAUGAUGUCCUCGGUGUGGAACGGGCCGUCUUCCAGCCAGGGCCUGAAGCCGAUGCAGCCGCUGCAGCAGGGCUACUCCGGCAUGUCCCCGAUGUCCCGGAUCCAGACGGACGUCAGCCUGCCGCCCCCCAAGAAGCUGGCGCCGCCCGACAGCAAGGCCAAGGAGCGGCUGUUCGUGGUGUUCAGCCCCUCGCCGCUGCCGCCCGACGUGCUGGAGGACGUCUUCUGCCGCUUCGGGUCCCUCAUCGAGGUCCACCUGGUGCCGGGCCGGAAGGUGGGCUACAUGAAGUACGCUGACAAACAGUGUGCAGACGACGCCAUGGCGGCGCUCCACGGCCACGUCGUCAACGGUGUGAAGAUGAAGGUGAUGCUGGCCGACCCCCCCCGGGAGGAGUCCCACAAGCGCCCCCGGACCUACUAGAGGCCCGGCCGGACCCCACCGCACCGGCGACUGUUGUCAUGACACAGUGACCCCUGACCUGACAGACCGACCGACAUCGAGACCCGUUCCCGACCUCUGACCCCGACCUUUGACCCCUGUCUGACCGACCGGGCGGCAGCGACCGUGCUGCGCCUCGGUGACGUGACACUGCUACCAGGGUGGCGUCCGAGUGGCGAGGAUCGGUGUGGAGUUUGUAGUUCGUCCUGAAUGUCUGUUUUUAUGUCUGGAAGCGUUUUAUCGGCGGCGCCGGAGCCUCUGUGGAGGCUGCCGGCUGCCGAGGAGCCCAUGAGCAGGAUGUGGACAGUGUUGUAGUUGGGCUUCCUUUCUCUCUGCUACAUGUAAUCAACGCUGAGCUCUCUUCACUGUCGAGCUUCUCUUGUUUCAAUAAAAACCUCGAACAAUAUUCCGGCCUGGUUUCGUCUGUCGCUGCUGUUUACAGCCGAGCUCCGGGGAUUAAUGUUAAAAUUCCCGGACUUCAACAAAACUACAGCUGGAACAGGAGAAACGGUGACGCCGUGCCGAGGAGCCCCAAACCUCUGGUACAGUUUCUACUGUGGAUGAAGAAAAAUGGAGUUUCAUCGCUGUAACCUUUUCAGGACUGCUCCGGUCAAUUUACAGAGUGAUCAUCUGGAGGACAGGAGUCCUGGGGAAAGAAACUACAACCAUCCAUUAUUUGAGCAGUGCAGUCAAGAGCUCACACACUUCCUGUUGGCUCCAUUGGGUCGACUAGUGCAGCAUGUUUUCAGCUUUAUUAAUGGUUUGCAAACAACUUGCUCCGGCAGUGACAUGCUGCAGAAAAUGUUUCAAAAGGAGUAAAAAAAAAAAAAAAAAAAAAAAAAACCUGUAGAAAUUUAAAAAAAAAAA